AUGCUCACCUUAUGGAACUUGCAAUUGCUCUACGUUGACGAUUUGCAUCUCCUCACUGCUGGGCCCGACAAAUUCUUGACUCUCUGGAUGAUCCUUGCUGCGUACGAGGUCGUGGGGACGCCUUUUGCCUACCAUAAGUUUAAGGGUGGACUUGAGGUCGAUUACAUCGGUUAUCAUGUGUCUUACUCCUCUUGGAGCGCAGGCGUUUCCGACUCACGUGCGCGCUGGGUCAUCUCAUGGGUUAAUAAUGCUGAAGAAGCAAAGUGGGUUGUCGUUGGACGGACUGUGAUUGAGCUCACUGGCCGGCUCACUUUUGUUGCCCGCGUCCUCACUUGGUUAAAGCCAUUCCUUGCGCCUUUGCACUCAUGGACUUCUGUCCUUGCCAGGGGCACAGCUUGCCGCAUGCCUGUCUUAGUGCAUUUGUCCUUGAUCUACAUCCGUGCACAGUUGGAGGAAGGUCAUCGCCUUGCGCCGGCCCCGUCAAAGCCUACGUCCCUCAAGCAGGCCUUCAGGACUGAUGCCAAGUGUGAGCAGGGGGAAAGUGUCUUCCCUGCAGUGGUCACGGCUGGAACGGACAAUCGCUCCAACCCCCAGGAGAAUGUUGAGGCGGAUGACAUCACGAACCACCGCUUCGGUCGUUUCAACUCGGCCCUCCGGGUAGAGGUCAAUUUCGAAGACCUUCCGAUGUCCAUCUUCAAUGCCCUCCAG